AUGGCCUCAAUAACCACAGAAGAAGAGUCUAAGCUCCUCAUCGUCCUCCCAGGAGACCAACUUCCCGAAUCAGGCCUUAUGGAGGACUCGUCAGCAGCACACCGUUUGACACUGGGACCAGGUUUGGCACCCAUGGAUGACGACUCUAUUACUGCGGUCAAGGCGGGGAUCCUUAAACAUAACGCUGUCGGCAACCGGUGGUGGGUCGAAAGCAACCAGCGUCGGUAUGUGGCGGCACAGGGAGAGUCGAUUAUUGGAGUAGUCACUGGAAAGUCUGUAGAGCAUUACAAGGUCGACAUUGGAGCUUCUCAGCCGGCAUUGUUGGGCGUUUUGGCCUUUGAGGGUGCCACCAAGCGCAACAAGCCCAACCACAACAUCGGAGAUUUGCUGUACUGUAGAGUAUCGAUGGCCAACAAGGACAUGGAGGCCGAACUGGAAUGCAUGAACCCAACCACAGGAAAGGCCGAUGGGUUUGGAGAACUCAAGGGAGGAUUUGUGAUCAAGAUCUCAUUGGGUCUCGCACGUCGGUUAUUGGAUCCCAAAAACUUGGUGCUGAGACUGUUGGGACAGCAUAUCCCUUUUGAGAUGGCUGUGGGUACCAAUGGCAAGGUUUGGGUCAACUCUGCGAACGCUCAGCAUACGAUUUUGAUCUGUAAUGCGAUCCGGAACUCGGAGUAUUUGAACUCUGCAGAAUGCUCUGCGAUGGUCAAGAGCUUGGUUGAGAAGAUGUAA